AGACAAAGGGAUACAAAAUGGCUGUUCAGAGACACUGUAGUUAUUGCAAAUGUCAAAGAAAUAUGUACAAUUGACACUAGAAACUAGAGAAUAAUGGAAUUCUGUAUUACAUUCCUCCUACUUCUUACCUUUGGCUGUUCAGCUACAGUUCAGCAGCUUUAUCGGGAAGCGAGAUCUCAGAGCCAAGUGGCACAUGCCCCUGGGAGAUUUGUUCCACAGUAUAGGCCUGCUCAAGAACCAGCCAGAUUUCAACCAAGGCCUGUGCAAUGGCCCUCCAGGGUCCAGACACCGACGCAAGUUCAAAACCCUUUCCUCCAGUCAAAGCAGACCUUCAAUGAGCCUUUGACCUGGAGAUUUCCUGAAGAUCCAGUCAAAGAGGUGCAGUUGGCUAUUGAUGAGCAGAGACCACUGCCUGUGCCUGCCAGUAGCGUUGCAGUUCAAUGUGGGGAGACUGCUGCUCGUGUGGAAGUCAAGCGAGAUCUGCUCGGUAUCGGCCAACUCAUUCACCCAGAGGAUCUUACCUUGGGAGGCUGUGCUGUCACUGGGGAGGAUGCUUCCGCUCAAGUUCUGAUCUUUGUCACUGAGCUGCACGGAUGUGGGAGCACUCUAACGAUGACUGAAGAUUCACUUGUCUAUGUCUUCACACUCCGUUAUACACCAGCCACCCUGGGCAGCAGCCCCAUUGUUCGGACUAGAGAAGUGGUGGUCUGGGUUGAGUGCCACUAUCAAAGAAAGCAUGAUGUGAGCAGUGACUCAGUGAAGCCCACCUGGAAUCCCUAUGCCUCCACUAAGGUUGCAGAGGAGCUCCUCUACUUCUCCCUGAGGCUAAUGACUGCCAAGUGUAGAACACUGUGUGACCGAGUCGUGAGACUGGAGGAGGAGAAGGGGACAGAAUGGGAGUGUAAUCAUGGGAUGGAUGGCCAGGAGCAGAGGUGA